GCCGGGACGGGGACAAUGGCGGCGGCGGCGGCGGCGUCUCCUCCGCGGCGGCGGCGGCGGGGCCCCUGCGCUGCUACUCUGCUCCGCUGGGCGACUUCGGCGGCGGCGGCCGGGCAGCUGCUGCUCCUGCUGCUGCUCCUCCCUGAGGCGACGACGGCUCUACAGUGUUACUGUCUUGUUUGUACAAAAGAGAACUUUACAUGCACAACAGAUGGACUUUGCUUCACUUCUGUAACACGGAACGGAGAGAAAAUAACACGCAAUAGCAUGUGUGUGGCACAAGUUGACCUGAUUCCCAGAGACAGGCCAUUUAUUUGUGCCCCCUCAACAAGUGAAGGAGUUAUUACUGUGCCACAUUGCUGUGACAGAGACCUCUGCAAUAAAAUAGAGCUACCGAUUCCAACCCCAGGUCCCCUCCCAAGAAAGCUGCCUUCUAAUUUAGGACCAGUAGAAUUGGCUGCUGUCAUUGCUGGACCUGUUUGUUUUGUUUGCAUUUCACUUAUGUUGAUUUUGUAUAUCUGCCAUAAUCGUGCCGUCAUACACCAUCGUGUUCCAAGUGAAGAAGAUCCUUCUAUGGAUCGUCCUCCAUUUAUAUCUGAGGGAACAACUUUAAAAGAUUUAAUUUAUGACAUGACGACUUCAGGCUCAGGUUCAGGUUUACCUUUACUUGUUCAAAGAACAAUUGCAAGAACAAUUGUACUUCAGGAAAGUAUUGGAAAGGGUCGAUUUGGAGAAGUCUGGCGUGGAAAAUGGAGAGGAGAAGAAGUUGCAGUGAAAAUUUUCUCCUCAAGAGAAGAACGUUCAUGGUUUCGUGAAGCAGAAAUCUACCAAACCGUUAUGUUACGUCAUGAAAAUAUUCUUGGGUUCAUAGCUGCAGACAAUAAAGAUAAUGGUACAUGGACACAGCUGUGGCUGGUGUCAGAUUAUCAUGAGCAUGGCUCUCUCUUCGAUUACCUAAACAGGUAUACCGUUACUGUGGAAGGAAUGAUAAAACUAGCUUUGUCUACUGCCAGUGGACUUGCACAUCUUCACAUGGAGAUUGUUGGCACUCAAGGAAAACCAGCUAUAGCUCAUAGAGACCUGAAAUCAAAGAACAUAUUAGUAAAGAAAAAUGGUACCUGUUGUAUUGCAGAUUUAGGCCUGGCAGUAAGACAUGAUUCAGCUACAGACACAAUAGAUAUUGCACCAAACCACAGGGUGGGAACAAAAAGGUACAUGGCUCCUGAAGUACUUGAUGAUUCCAUAAACAUGAAGCAUUUUGAGUCUUUCAAAAGAGCAGAUAUUUAUGCAAUGGGAUUAGUGUUCUGGGAAAUAGCUCGGCGAUGUUCAAUUGGUGGAAUUCAUGAAGAUUACCAACUACCAUAUUAUGACCUGGUUCCUUCUGAUCCUUCAGUUGAAGAAAUGAGGAAAGUUGUUUGUGAACAGAAACUUCGACCCAAUAUUCCUAACCGAUGGCAGAGCUGUGAGGCCUUGCGAGUAAUGGCCAAAAUUAUGCGGGAAUGUUGGUAUGCCAACGGUGCAGCAAGGCUAACAGCUUUACGCAUAAAGAAAACACUGUCACAGCUCAGUCAGCAAGAAGGCAUAAAAAUGUAAUCUUGGAGGUGUUACUGAAGGAGACUUUUAAAGGACCAUAUCUGCACCUAAUUUGUGCAUUAAGAAGGCUAAUUGUUCUACCUCACUGGGGGAACAGAAGGAUAUUCCUGCCUUUUGUACAAAAUAGGAAGAUCAGUAAUUAGCCCAGGAUUUCUAUAGAUGCAGUAAAACUUUGUACAGCUCCCUACCUUGCACUACGGACUCCUCUUUCCCACGGACUCCUCUUCCGCUUCAGUAAAACAUAAACUGGUUUUCCAAGGAUUAACGCUGGUCCCUGUUUCGUGGAGAACAUGAAGAUGAUGCUCGUGCACACUAUCGCACUGAAGGAUAUCUUGAAAGUUUUUAAAGCUAUUUGCUUUGUUCAUGAUGGCGCACUCUAUAUUCUGAACCACUCUUGGCUUGUUCUUAUCAGAUUGUGUAGUUUUUUUGGCUACUAGGACACUUACUGUUGGACGUAUUUAUCAGGAUUUGAAGACAUUACCUCAUCCACUCUGGAAGAACAUAUACAACAUAUGCAGUUAUAUUUUGUAUUUCUGUUAUUUUGCUUCAGAACAUUACAUGCCUUCAAAAUAGAUUGUACUGUACCAGGAAGUGCCACUUUUCAAUUUUUGUAAUGCACUUCAGUAGGUAUAUGCAAAGCCUUUGGUGCUUGUAGAAUGAUAAAAUAUAUCUUAACUAAAAGGGAAUUUUAUACUACAUUUGGAAUUCUUUUUACCAAAACCUCUUAAUUCUGAAGACUAGGAAUUUUAAGUAUAUAAAUUAAUUCUGUGCUGUUAUUAAAGUUGUGCAUCACAAUGAAUUGUGGUGUCAAAAGUGGCACUUAACUUUUAAUGACCCGUAAAGAGUACUUCAAGAUUCUUUUAAAAUUUGAUAUGAGGGCUUAAUCCGAGAAAAUAAAUUUUAGCACUCUGAUGUUAUCUGGGGCGGGGGGAUUUUUUUUCUGCACAGACCCUUACCCAUUCAAAGAACAGCGCUCUUUACUAAAGUGUCACCUGUUUCCCUGCUUCUCGAAGGGUAAUCCAUGUGUAAAAACAUUGCAUUUGUGUAGCCUUAUUGUAUGCAGUCCUUGUGUGCAAAGCAGUAGACUUUCCCUAGCAUCUGUAGCUGUUGUGUGAUCUUGCUGGUCAGGUCAGUAUGUGCUUUCUUAACAGAUGGUUGGCACUAUUGGCUCUGACCUCACCAAUUGUAUAUAUCUGGAGAUGUGUAAGGACUGACUCUAGGUCCCCACGCUCCUAAAAUGUGGUGCCAUUGGACUUCUCCAUGCAGGCCAACUCCUGUUUGGUGGCAAGAGCUUCACAUGUGGAAGUAUUUGCACAGCUUGUGGCUCGCCUUGAAAGUCACUGCUUUGAAACCUCCAUCUAUUAUUACUAAAUCACAGGUGGAUAGUAAUAUACCAUUUGUUUUCCGGUGCAUACAGGUAGCUGUAAAAUUUGCUGCUGGAUGUAAAAUACUGUUACAUCUACAAUACUGAAAAACUGUGCUUGCGUUUUAAGGUGUAUUUUGGGUUUCAUUUAUGUAAGUCUUAUAUCUGGUGCACAAAUCAAAUUUCUAUUAAUGUAUCUUCAAGCUAGUUACAUUUAUGAAGAACCAUGAAAAACUAAAAUCUUUUUAAAAAAAUACUUUUGAUUUCCAUAAAAGUUAAAAUAAGCUAGCAAGCAAAAACUACCUAUUUAAGUUUGUCUUUCUUCAACACAGACAUAAAUGAAAAGGUGAAGACUUUGCCCACCUGCAAUUUUUUAUAGUGAUGUAGAAUGAAAAUAAUAUUGGUUAGCUGUACUGGCAGCCCCCCGUUUUGUGCACAUUUGUGAAAUUGCGUAUAAUUGAAACCCAUUGAGAAAGCCUGCAGCCGCCCCAUUCCUCCCCCACCCACCCCAUUCCGCCCUUUAGUGAUAUUUCAGUGAUGUCUUUACAGUAUUACAUUUCCAAGUCACUUUCAGGUUCAGUGUGGUGCAUGUCUACACAGUCGCACAAAUACUGAAUGUGCAUAAAUGGGGGGCUGCCUGCAUACCAGUUAUCAAUCCUUAACUUCCCAUGAUUCACUCAUGCCAAAAUGAUUUUACUAUUUUAGUCUAGAGAAAAUUAUGAGGUUGAUUUUUUAGCAGUUCUUAAAAUAGACGUUGCAGCAGGAAAAUUGUAUAUCAUGAAAAUUGUACUUUGUUGUUUGUGGCUUCAGCUGUGAUGAUAUAAUUUUAGUCAUGUUUUCCAUUGAUAAUUUGUCAAUAUCUUUUGAAUGAGUGCCUGUAUAUAUUACAUAGAACUUUUUAAUCUGUUGCUUGUAAAGUCACAUGUAGAUUAGGGAUGGGCAUAUCCUCUAAGGCUUUCCUCAGAUCGGUUCUGGAUUUCCCCAAUUCUGCCCCUAACAGAAAAACUUGUACAGAGCCAGUCUGAGUGGCUCAGAUGGUUCACCUGUUCCCUUCCUUUGACUCUGCUAUCCUAUUGCCACCCCCCUCCCCACUGCCACUACCAUCCCUUCCAACUUGCAAAGCACUUUCUUUUCUUUACCUUCAGGUAUGGAGUGGGAAUGGCACUUUUCUAUCCUCCUGAUUCACUUACCUGGUUUAGGACUGAAAGCAGUCUCCCUUGGUAAUUAAGGUCCUAAAGGGCUAGAGGUUGCCAGUUCUUAACAGCCACCACUUUCGGUCCUUAUGCCCUGCAAAGCACAUCAGAGUGCAUCUGUUAAGAGAUGUACAAACCAUCACCUUCAUUUCCCAUUUUAAGGUCUAAAGCAAAAUGGAGAACAGAGGUGCCUGGCGUGCUCUGGUCCAUGGGGUCAUGAAGAGUCGGACACGACUAAACGACUAAACAACAACAACACAAAAUGAUAGGUGGGGAAUGUGCUUUGGGGGCUAGAGGAACAGUGGGGAAGGAAGCUGGGAGCCAUUUGCUAACCUGGAUAAUAAUCUUAGAAAUCAGGGAUGGAAGUCUUAAAAGCUUGCUUCUCUUUGGAGGUAAUUUUUUAAGAAUUUAAAAAAUGGUUUCCAAUUUAGACUCAGAUUGACCAUCACAACAGCUCUGAUAUGCAUCUUUAAGCAGCUAGACAAGUAUUCAUAUUUUUUUCUGUUUUUGUUUUGCUCUUGAGAGUCCAUGGGGACCAAAAUAUUUUGGCACUCAAAACAUUUGAAUGUUAUACCUUUAAAAAUCUGGUAAAAUUUUGAUGAAAGCUGUUGUGUGAUGUGUACUGCACAGUACACAUUUGUUUAAUAAGGGUUUUUAUAAAGUUUUUUAAAAAUAGCAUUACAGUUGCUGUUCAGAUCUUGGACAUAUGAUCCAAUUGCUUACAAGACACAUCAAAGGAACAGUAGCAAACCUUGUUACUCAGAUGUCUUGAGUGCUGUAACUUUAGGUACUCUUAAUCCUUAAGAGUUGGAGUUUUAUCAUAACAUUUUUAUUUGCCUUUUCAGAUUUUUGUAGCCUUUCACACCUUCAUGUCUUGUAAACCUAAAAAUAUCUGUAUAUAUGAGUGGCAUAGUUUUGCAGAUUCAUACCUAGUAAGAGGCUAUUCUAGCAAAAUAACCAUCUGUCAACUGAGUGCCAUGGAUCCACUUUUUAAGCUAGCUCCUUGUUCAUACUGUGCCAUUAAAAUGGUUUGAAUGGUACUUGAUUUUUUUUAACAUGUAAAAACUUGCUUUAAACUUAAAUUACCUCUUUAAAAGACCAAGGUACAUUUACCUCAUUCUGUAUAUAAGGUUUAAUAUUUUUUCAGAACAUUCUCAAGGUUGGCAAUUACAUGUCUCUUUAAAAUAUGAGUAUUAUAUGCAUAAACCUAAAACCUUGCUGGUUCUGAUACAAAGCUCUGUGUGUGCUCUUGAAGAUCUGCUAAUGUCAGCUUUCCUGUUGGCUUCAGAGAUGGAUGUACACUCAAGGCUCUGGUGCUGGUUUUGUAGGAGCUACAUGUGCAUACUGGAGCAUCUGCAUGUUUAAACCAGCCCUGGAUCAAGCUGAUUGUAUAUUUUGUCAGAUUGCGCAUUUCUUUUUUCUUUUGUAUUAUUAUUUUUUUUGAAAAUAUGUUCUCUGUUUUGUUGAAAUAGCACCAGCUCUUUUCAGAGUUAUAUGGGUAAUGACACAUACAUUUUUACAUUUUGGAUGAUAAAUUUUGAGCAUCUGUACAAAUGUGUUACUUUUAAGCCUUACAGAAUUGUUCAUUGCCCCAUUUAUGCUUGAUAAUGUAUGUGCAGUAGAGUCUACGACAGAGGAUUGUAAAUAGUCUAAGAAUGAGUAUUAUUGUUAAGUGCUAACACUACAGUAGAAAAUAAUAAAAGCAAUUAUAGAUUUUCUUUCUUCUUA